AUUGGUCAAAACAAUGAGAAAAUGGGAUUUCUUUUGGGUUUUCUCAAGGAGAAAAUGGAAGCUUUCGCAAAAGGAUUGGCUAUGAAGGUGGCUGCGAGUUCGAUGUUCUAUCCUUUUGCACACGUAAAAGUCUUAAUGCAACUUGGAUAUGAACCAUUUCCCUUGACAUUAGGGAAGAAGUUUGGCGUAGGGCAGGACGUGUAUUUUCUUCCAAAUGGCAUAUCCUACGCUUACAAGUGGACUUUUCUUUUUACUGGUCUUGAUGCACAUAUCUGCUACACGUUGGUUUCUGGUGCAGCAGAGUUUUUUUACAUGGAUCGGUACCAUCCGGCUUAUGGGGGGCCUCCAGUGAAUCUAGCGCGCUCAGAGGAUGAACUGAGUGAUGUCGAAAGCGCUCGACGCGCUUUACGUUCAACUAUCAGGAGUACAACUGCUCGUCUCGUAGCAACAGUUGUUGCAAGACCAUUUGCAGUAAUUAUGGUACGAAAGGUUGCUCAGGUAGUUGGUGGCGAGAAUAAGUACACUGAUGUUUUUUCAUCUGUACUUUUGGUUGGACGCGAAGAAGGGCCCAAAGGGCUUUUCUCGGGCCUGGUUCCGCAGUUAAUUAGCGAGUUCUUGACUAUUUUAGGGAUUAAUGGUCUUAUUUACGUCGCUGAAAGUUUAUUGAUGCUAAGUCGUAACGAAAAUUAUGAUAGUAGUGAAGAGGUACUGCGAUCUACUCGCAUGAUGUUGCACUGGACGACACCGUUGAUUGUCAACACUGUUGUUUACCCAUUUAAUGUUGUUUCAACAGUAAUGGCCAUUACAGGAUCGGGACUGGCAGCAUCAUUGCUACCUUACUCUCCUUUGUUUGGAAUGUGGCAAGACGCCUGGCAUUAUCUUGAUACGAAACAGGCACUUAACAGAGGAGCUCGCUUUUUCCUGCGCCAGCACAAAGGGCCUAUAACUGUUCAUUAUGAUGGAAACAUAUACGCUUCAAAUGCUCAUUUUGUUUAA